AUAGCAGCUCAGAGCCAAUACUCUGCUCAGCAGGCAAUUGCUUGACACCUCUUCUCCCCGCUUCGUCUCUGCCUCCAUACUCGCAAGGCAUUUGAGGAGCACCAUAUCAGCACCCCAAGAAACCAGCCAUGAAGCAGAAGAUCGUGAUCAAGGUGCAGAUGGCGUGCGACAAGUGCCGCUCCAAGGCCAUGGCGCUGGUGGCGGCCACGGGCGGGGUCGACUCGGUGGCGCUCGCUGGCGACGCCAGGGACCAGGUCGUCGUCGUCGGCGACGGCGUGGACUCCGUCAAGCUCACCAGUGCGCUGCGUAAAAAGGUGGGCCCCGCGCAGCUGCUGCAGGUCGGCGAAGACAAGAAGAAGGAAGACGACAAGAAGCCCGCCGCCGCCUUCACCGUGCCCCAGUACUGGUACUGCAACUACCCGCCGCCGCAGCAACAUCCCGCCGGCUGGUACGAUUACGGGUAUGUGUACCAGUCGCGGCCAGACAACACUUGCUCCAUAAUGUAGAGAGAGAACAAGCAUGCAUGUACGCUUGGACUAGUACUAUUGUAUAAGUACAGAUUUCUAGUUUUAUUGAA